AUGAGGUUCAACGACGGCUUCUGGUUGCUCAAAAGCGGCGUCAAGCCAUACCACGGCCUUCAGGUCGUCCAAGGCCUCCAGGAUGGCGAUGGCUUCAAUCUCCAAGUCUCUACCAAGCCCAUCCGCCACCGUGGAGAUACGCUUGCAGGACCCGUGCUCAGCGUGCGCGUGCACUCCCCGACUGAGGGUGUUAUAGGCGUGAGGAUCGAACACUUCAAGCACGUCGACCCGACGCCCAACAUUGCACUAUUCCCCGACGAUCCCCCUGUGGUCUCUGCAUCUCUAACAAAGACAGAUAAUACAUGGACUGUGGCCACUGGUGGCCUGACCGCUGAAAUCGCCCAGAACCCUUACACGAUCACGUUCAAGUCGCCCACUCGCACGCUCACCUCGGCGGGUUACAAGCACCAGGGCAUCUAUGAUGUGCCGUACAAAUGGACGCUCCGGAGCGUGUCGAACACGUCGUGUCUCACGACAGACCCUAGCUCGAACCCGAACCCAGGCCCGCCGCCCGAGUUCGUGCGUUACGUGCACUCGGAACUCAACAUCUCUCCUGGGGAGCUUCUGUACGGUCUGGGGGAACAGUUCGGACCGUUCGUCAAGAAUGGUCAGUCCGUUAGCGUUUGGAACCAGGACGGCGGUACGUCUAGCGAGCAGGCCUACAAGUGUGUUCCUUUCUACAUCACCAACCGGAACUACGGCGUGUUUGUGAACCACCCUGGUGAGGUCGAGUUUGAGGUGGGCAGCGAGAAGGUCAGCCGAGUUGGCGUGAGCGUUGCUGGCGAGUCUCUGGAAUACUUUAUAAUCUAUGGCCCAUCGCCACUGGAGAUUCUUGAGCGCUAUACUCGUAUCACUGGUCGUCCCGCGCUACUUCCCUCAUGGACCUUCGGUCUAUGGCUCUCGACGUCCUUUCUUACGUCUUACGACGAGAAGACGGUAUCCAGCUUCCUUCAAGGGAUGUCCGAGAGGAAAUGCCCAGUGCGCGUCUUCCACCUAGACUGCUUCUGGAUGAAGCAAUACGAAUGGUGCUCCUUCACGUUUGAUCCCGACAAUUUCCCCGAUCCCAAGGCCUAUCUAUCCGAGAUCAAGCAGAAGUAUGGUGUCAAGAUCUGCGUUUGGAUCAACCCGUAUAUUUCCCAACUUUCUCCUAUUUUCCAGGAAGCCGUGAAGGGCGGAUAUCUGAUCAAGCGCAAGGACGGCACGCCGUGGCAGUGGGAUCUGUGGCAGCCUGGAUUAGGCGUUGUGGACGUGACAAAUCCCGAGGCACGCCGAUGGUACGAAGAGAAGCUAGACGCACUGGUCGAUCUAGGUACCGACUUCGGAGAGCGGAUCCCCCACGCGAACGUAGUCUUCCACGAUGGAUCCGACCCAUUGCGCGUGCACAACACGUUCUCGGUCAUCUACAACGAACUGGUCUUCAAGUUGCUAGAGCGGAGGUUCGGAAAGGGCGAGGCCGUCGUGUUCGCGCGUUCCGCGACGGCUGGCGGGCAGAGGUUCCCUGUGCAUUGGGGUGGGGACUGCGAGUCGACUUUCGAGGCGAUGGCAGAGACGCUUCGAGGCGGCCUCAGCUUGACGGCUUCAGGGUUCGCGUUCACCUCACAUGACAUUGGUGGCUUCGAGGGCCACCCGCCGCCGGAAAUCUAUCAUCGCUGGGUCGCGUAUGGGUUAUUCUCGUCACAUUCCCGACUGCACGGUUCCAUGUCGUACCGUGUCCCGUGGCAGUAUGGAGAGGAAGCGGCAACGUACAUGGCACGCUUCCUAGAUGCGAAGCACCGACUCAUGCCUUACCUCUACGGCCUCUCUAUCCAUAGCCACACGAAGGGCCACCCGAUACAGCGCGCGAUGUUCAUUGACUUCCUCGACGACCGCACCACACACUACCUCGACCGGCAAUACAUGUUCGGGCCCUCCCUCCUUGUAGCCCCCGUGUUCGUCCCGGAUGGCGAAGAGUCGGAAUACUACCUCCCCGCCGGGCGCUGGACGUCGUUCUGGAACCCGGAGCGCGUGCGUGUCGGCCCGACGUGGAUCAAGGAGGUCGUCCCGAUCGACCAGCUGCCGGUGUGGGUCCGCCAGGGGAGCGUGCUGGCGCUGGGCCCGACUGGGGUCGGACGGCCGGACUACGACUUCGCGAAGACGGUCGACGUGCAGGUCUAUGAGCUCGAGGAGGGCCAGGUCGUGCAGACGGAGGUGCCCACGGGCAAGGGCACUCAGAUCGCAGGCGUGAUCGAAGCUAAGCUGCAGGGUGGGCAGGUCUUCGUGGGCGUAGCGAGUGGGGAGGUCGGGCUGGCGUCUGUCAGCUACCUCGCAGGCGGGCAGGUGCAUAGGGCGGACGUGGCGAGCGGCCAGACGCAGGUUUCGCUUCGUGUGUGA